CUAACGGCCGGCACCAGGAACGCCCUGCGUCUCAAUCGACAGCCGAUGUCUUCGCAUAAUCCUUGAACGUUCGUGUGCCGAGAUGUCCAACCUUACGUCCGUCUUCGCGCUGGAUCCACCAGACGUGGACUCGAACUCUUGUUCUAGCGCCUCCUCCGGUCAGUACUCGGGCCGUAUCAAUCCGAACAGCCUUCUGGCCAACCUGAUCCCGCCCUGUCAGAAGGAGCAAGACUGGGAUUACGAUCAGUGUUACAGCUAUUAUGCGAACGGCUGCUACAACACCUGCCAGUUCGUUAAAUUCGGCGAUAUCGAGGAUUUCAUGAAUAACGAGAAGCGCAAGGAAAAGUCCAGAGAUGCUGCGAGAUGUCGGCGAUCCAAAGAAACAGAGAUAUUCGCAGAUUUGGCUGCUGCGCUGCCAGUGUCACAAGAGCAGGUUGCUCAGCUGGACAAGGCCUCGAUAAUGAGAUUGGCCAUAUCGUAUCUUCGUGUUAGGGAUAUGAUAAACCUGAUACCUGCGUUACCUGUAUCGGAAAAAGAUGUAAAAGCAGACGAAUCUACUUUUUUGAAAUCUUUGGAGGGAUUUCUCUUGGUCCUGUCCAAUGAUGGGGAUAUCGUCUACCUCUCUGAAAACGUCAGCGAUUACCUAGGAAUCGGACAGAUUGACCUGAUGGGCCAAAACAUAUUUGAUUACAGUCAUCCCUGCGAUCACGAGGAAAUUAGGGAGCUAUUUUCGGAUAAAGCGAAAGACGAUGGAAACGAUUCUCAGAAAUCCUUGUUCAUCAGGUUGAAGUGCACCCUCACGAGCAAAGGGAGAAAUGUUAAUUUGAAGUCGGCAACCUACAAGGUUCUACACCUCAAAGGACACAUAUUGAGAGCUGCUCCUAGUGAGAACGACGUCGAUCAGAAACUCAAGAAUUGCUACGCGGCCAUUGCGAAUCCCAUACCUCAUCCGUCUAACAUUGAAUCGCCGUUACCGAAACAAACUUUCGUGACUAAGCAUAGUUUGGAUAUGAAAUUCAUCCAUGCCGACGAUGAGAUUAUGAAAGAUGUCCUUGGAUAUUAUGAGGAGGAACUCCUAGGAAAAUCGGUAUACGAAUAUCAUCAUGCCAUGGACAGCGAUUCCAUCAUUUCUGCGUACAAGUGUUUGUUUUCGAAAGGACAAUGCGAGACUUCAAAAUACAGAUUCCUGGCAAAAAAUGGCGGUUAUGUGUGGGUGAUGACGCAAGCAACGUUGUUAUAUGACAAAGUUGGAAAACCCCAAAAUGUCGUGUGCGUCAAUUACGUCAUAAGUGGCGUCGAAUGCGAAAAUGAAGUCUAUUCGGCCAGUCAGUUAUCUUGUGUGACCGAGGACGAUCUGUCGACGAAGAUCGAGGACUCGGAGGUUGUGCUCCUCGAAGAGGUACCGCUAGAGGUGGACGAGGAGGAUCCCGAGCUGCGGGACAGCUUCCUGGACGGCGACGGUCUCCUGGGACCGAAACGCAACACGCAGAAGAUCCUGACGCAGAGGACGGAGGAGAUGAGCAGGGGUUUCCUCACCUUCACCGAAGAUUCUGGAUUGACAAUGCUGAAGGAGGAACCGGACGAUUUAACACAUUUGGCCCCGGUGGCCAGCGACGUAUGCGUCCCCCUCGAAGACCACCCAUUCCUCUCGGAAGUGUUCGAUGAUCUCUUGCUCAAGGACAACUUCAGCCCGCUCAUGAUGGACGAGCCCUUGGACCCGUUCAUCUCUUACAGGGACACGUACGAUAUGUCGCCGGAACUCCUGUCGCCGACGCUAUCAAAGAACUACGACUCAAGUCUGCCCUCCCUGAACAGCCCGAGCAAUUCCUUGGGCGAAGACGACCACAUCCCCUCCUUCGUCAACUACCCCGUAGAAGACGACAAAUUGGACUCUUCCAUCAGGCCCGGUUCCCCCUACAUUCCAAUGAGCAUGGACGAUUUACCGCUCCUCCUGUCAUCGUCGAACGAUCUCAUGUGGAGCAACAGCAGCAGUCCCAUACCCCCAAGUCCGACGAGUUGUAAGACCACGAGCGACAGUAGUUUGGCGCAAUUGUUGUCGACGACGGUCAAAACUACGACAAAGUCAAAUGCCAUAGAACUAGGUCAAUCGUUAAGGUCGGAAGGUACCACCACAUCUCACAGCAACAAACGAUCGAGUUCCAGCAGCACCAGCCCAUCGAGUAAAAGGAUGAGGACGGAACAGCCGAAAGAUAAGGUCUCUUCAGAACUCUUGCAUCAAUUAAUUUCGAAUAACGGCGCGAACGGCCGUGGUCAACGGAAAAAAUCGAGCUGGUUGCUGGACAGCCAAAAGGCCACGUGCGUAAGCCAGCCCAGCGAUAGCGUCCUAAUGAACUUAUUGGAAACGAACACAUUGAGGAGGAAAAUCAUCCGACAGCAAACUUCGGGCUCGAAUUUACACCGUUACCUACUCAGAGUCAACUCCAAAUCUCUUUUGGUCCCCGAGACUCAGCAUCAACCCAUCACUUCGCUCUUGACCCUCACCGAUAAGGACUACGAAGUGAACGCCCCCGUCAAUAGUGGUCUCCUCCAGGGAGAAGACCUAAUUAGGGCUUUAGAGAUCUGCGACACCAUUUAGCUAGGACCUACGCCCGUCGUGGUCGAAAAACAAGAAGUUGAAGUACCCCUUGUUAUAAUUAAUGGCUGUAGUGUAAGCAUUAAGAAUGUUAAAGUUGUUACAAAGGUUUCUAGUAAAACAGAGUAAUUAUUUUCGAAGAAAUUGUGACGAUGGUACUCUUGAAGAUGACCAGUGCCCAUGUCGACCUCUAGAUAUUAUUUGACCUUUUUUGAGUAGUUUAUCAAUAGUUUAUUCUUUAUUUAAAUUCUAUAUACCCUUAUAGAGAUAUGAAAUGCUUUAAAACUCUAUAAAUUCUGUAUAUUAUCCGAUAUGACUAUGAAAAACUUUCACCACUUUUCAAAGGUUUCUUUCUACAAAUCAGUCAAUUCUUUUGGCUAGUUCAUCUUCAAUUGAAACCCUGUAAUGUAAGAAACGAAAUUGAGGGUGAAUUUAAUUUUAUAUGCUAUAACAGAAUAAAGAAGUUAUUGAGUAAGCUUUUUUUCAAUGUUUUUUUAUGUUAAUGAUUGCAAUCCCGAAAUAAUUUGCUCAACUCCAACUUUCUCCGGACAUAUCGAAAAAUUAUCCUGAUUUAAAUCGAAGUUUGCAUAAUUUAUCCCAUUUUCACUUGGGUAUUUGUUGGCGAAAGAAAGCUUUAAAGGCGAUUGCAAUCUUUUUAAAGCCUUCUGAUAUGUGGUACUAUAUGAUUAUUGCAUAUCAGCAGAAAAAGCUUACUCAACCUAUGGAUGUUAGUUCAGAAGAAUGCUCCUUUUUAUAUUCAGAUGGAAAUAUAUGCUCAUAAGAGACCAAAUAUAGAUUUUACUGUCGCAUUGCAUUUCAAUUAUUUAUUUUCAUUUUCUAUUUUCGCUUUUUAUAUAACUAUAUCGAUUCGCCAAAGAUGUUUUUUCCCUAAACUUUCUUUAGCGAAUUAAUUGGAGUCUCGUUAAAUCCUAAGCUCUCUUGAAAAAUUGUGAAUGAAAGCAUCAAAUAUAUCAGAGAAAAAUUUUGAUAUCAGACAUCGUAAUUCCUUCAAUAUUUUUCUACAUUUGAAUAAAGAUAAGAACUGCUAUUUUUGAUGUGCUAUUGUUUAAUUCUCAUUGAAAUGUCCGAAAGAGUUAAAAACUGCCAUGUUACAGAUAGAAUCUUUUAAACACUGCAGCAUAUGUAUAUUAUUCAGUUUAAUUAUUUCAUUUAGGUUAAGGGAAAAUUUUAAACAGGAUUUUUUAAGAGGAAUACUAUAUUGUUGAAUAUUUCAGAUGCAAUAUUUUAAAGUAAGGUUUAACAAGUGCCCAUUGAGUAUUAGCUGCUUUUAUUAUUUGUUGAUAUGUAUUGAAAAUUUUAAUUUCUCUAUGUGUUCUCAAUUUUUUCUGUUUGUCAGUGACUGUUUUGAAUAUCAACAGGACUUUGUAAGAUAUUGUUACAAGUUUAAAAUAGAUGAAAAUAUAUUAUCUUAUGGGCAUAGUA